AUGCCUCGAGAUCCGCUCAUCGGCCUGGUCGGCAAGCCGUCGGCCGGUAAGAGCACAACGCUCAACAGUCUCACAGACGCCUCGUCAAAAGUUGGUCCGAAACUUCCCGUACGCUCCAACUCUCACCCUUACCCUGGCCGCCUCCUUCAUAUACUUGAGAUUCUGUUUUAUUCAUUCACAACUAUCGAUCCCCAAAGGGCAAUCGGCUACCUCCAAAUAGAAUGCGCCUGCGCGCGCCACGGCGUCUCGGACCGCUGCCGACCCAACUACGGCGCCUGCAUCGACGGCCGCCGUUCGGUACCCAUCGAGCUCCUCGACGUCGCCGGCCUCGUGCCGGGAGCGCACCAGGGUAAAGGCCUAGGCAACAAGUUCCUCGACGACCUGCGGCACGCCGACGCGCUGAUACACGUGGUGGACGCCUCGGGCACCGUCGACGCCGAGGGGAAAGAAACUCGCGGCUACGACCCGUCGGUCGACAUCGCCUGGCUGCGCGGCGAGAUCGUGGCCUGGAUCCGGGGCAACCUGAUGGAGAAGUGGGGGUCGAUCCGGCGGCGGCACAUGGCCAUCAAGGCCACGGCCGUCGAGACGCUGCAGGGUCAGUUUUCGGGAUACGGGAGCACCUCCAACGUUGUCGCGCGGGCGCUGGACCGGCUGGGCAUCAAGGAGCCGCUCGAGGACUGGGACGCCGAGACGAUUGACCGCGUCGUCAACGCCUUCACCGACGAAAAGUUCCCGACCGUCAUCGCGCUCAACAAGAUUGACCACCCGGACGCCGACAAGAACAUUGCAAAGAUUGCAAAGAUGCAGGAUCCCGACACGAUCGUGCUGUGCUCCGCCAUUUCGGAAAUUUUCCUGCGCAAGAUGGCUAAGCAAGGGUACAUCAAGUACACGGAAGGCAGCGAGUUCGUCGACACGCGGGAGGACCUGAUCGAGCAAGGGGACCCCACGGGCGGGAACCUGAAAGAGCUGGACGAGAAGAACCGCAACCGGAUAGAGAACCUCAAGGACAUGGUGCUCUACCGCUUCGGGUCGACGGGCGUGGUGCAGGUGCUUUCCAAGGCGGCCGAGAUCCUGGGCCUCGUCCCGGUGUUCCCGGUGCGCAACACCACCUCCUUCACCUCCGGCGCUGCCGAGUCCAAGUUUGUCUUCCGCGACUGCGUGCUGGUCAAGAAGGGCACCACGGUCGGCGAGGCGGCGCGCAAGGUCAUGGGCGACGCGCCCAUUGCGUACAUCGAGGGCGCCGGCGGCCAGAGGGUCGCGGAAGACCACCUCGUCACGGUUGGGAAGAACGAUAUCCUGUCGUUCAAGCUGCAUAAAACUGGAAAAUACCCAGUGACAUCUAGAUUCCCCGUGACUGCCCCUCUCCUCGGAAAAGAUAGAAGGGGUUUCAUCGCAAAUCAUUCUCAAAAAGCUCCAUGGCCUCACCGCGAAGGCGGGGGCCCUGUCCUGUCCUAUCCUGUCCCACCGGGCGCUUGCUGCCAGCGGCCGGCCAGCCAGCCACAAUGGAGCCCUGGGCCCCCGGACGCUUCUGGCUUCGCGCCGAUUGCCAGAAGGCCCAGAGGUACCCGCAGUGCCGAGCUCUUCUGCGUCCGAGCUGCGUACGCGUCCCUCGGCUUCCGCUGCGCUGGCGGAUUUUACCAUGGCGGAUCAGCAAGCAAUUUGGGGGCCAAUUGGCAUGCUUAUUCUCGUGCUAGCACUCCGCUCAAUAUGAUGGAAACAAGGUUAUUUCACAAUCACAAAGUCAUCUGA